GUAUCUGCGGAGAGUGAAAUUGAAACCCUAACUAAAAUCUCAAAUUCCCAAUCACAGUAGGCAAAUUCUUUGUUUCUGAUUCUUCCUCUGAUUUAGAGUUAGGGUUUUGAUUUCGCUCCUCUCCCUAUCCUCCUAAAGUCCUAAAUUUCGGGUAAACUUCUCCGAGGGUUAGGGUUUUUGUCUGUGGAUAAAUAUGUAUGCAGAUCGGGUUGAGGCUGGAUCAAAACUAUCAAUAAGGGAGCGUCUCAAUGUCAAAUCCUCAGCUGACCCUCUUAGCAGGCGUCAAGUUUCUGGCAGGAGACAGAGGCAAGAUGACAAGUGGGAACACGAUCUUUAUGAUGAUGAUGAACCUCAAGUUUCAAGACGCAAUGUGGAUCCUCGAGAUCUUCGUUUGAAGCUUCAAAGGAAAAGUUUUAAGCAAGUAUCUCAAAGUGGAAAGAGAGGUGUGCGUGAUCUACGUGAAAUGCUAUCUGGGACAAUGAAUUCACAGCCAGUAAAUGUUGAUCCACCAAAGCCUAAACUGGAAGCUGCUAAACCAGCCAGGAAAAGUGUUGUGGUGGAAGCAUCUGAACAAGAACCUAAAAGAACUGCCACUGCAGCAGUGAGAAAAAGCGCUCAGGAAAAGGCUGAAACAUCAGUGGAGGGCUUCCUUCAGUCAUUGGGUCUUGAUAAAUAUGUGAUUACUUUUAAAGCAGAGGAAGUUGAUAUGUCAGCUCUUGUACACAUGACUGAUGAGGAUCUCAAAGCUUUAGGAAUGCCAAUGGGCCCAAGAAAAAAGAUACGCCUUGCAUUGGAAUCAAGAGGCUGACAUAUGGAGUCUUAGCAGGUGUUUUUGAGACUUGGAUCCUCACAGAGUAGCAGGGGCAUGUCUUCGGUGGAUAAGCUUGCAUGUAACAUUUUAUUCUUUAACUAUUUGGCUUCAUGGGCUAAGAUUUAUCUUGAUGUGAAACUGUUUAUUUUGUUUUGGAUGGGAGAAAAAAUCUUCAAUGAAGUUGCUGCCUUUUCCAUCGGAACCCUUCUUAUUCUUUUUCCCCCUUUGGAUUCACAUUAGUGGUUCAUCUUCAUAAAAUGAUUCAUUAUGAGAUACCCUUGAAAUAGGAAAACUCAAUAUACAUUACACUAUGGCCAAUAUACACAGACACACAUUGCACUUUAGUUCACUUAGCAUAUCACCUCUUUAAGUUCUGUAACAUUCCACUUCACAGAAUGCUUCCUCCAUUCAGUCUUCCAUUUGGCGAUUAAUAAAGUCAAAAUGUUUCACUCAAUCAGUUAAAAUGUUGGCACCCAUCAACUGUGAGAAAUAUUAGUGGUAUUUAAGAAUCAACAUUGGGCUGCAGCUCAAGAUAGUAGCAUGCAUUCCAAGUUCUUGUGUUUGCACUGCUAAUUCCCUGUUUCCUCUUGUGAUCUCUCUCUUUAUGACUUCCUAUGAUCUAUAUGAUCCAGUGAAAAGACUAUGCUACCAUUAUGUUCAGCCUCCACGCGAGGUACUAUGCCUUUUCCUGCCUGUAUUUUUUCAGUUCUCUUUGAGCUGCAAGCAGUACGUGCAUCGAAACUGGAAGAAACAAUGGCAGUGCAAGGAGAAGAGUAUAUUAUGUUAGAAUAAUCCUCAACUUUAAUC